AGGGCGAAUACUGCACUUAAGUGCAAUCCGAAAUAAAAAUAUAAAGCAGUUCGUUUACCUUACAAUUAUGACAAAUUGUCAAAGACGAUUGUCAAAACUCUGAAACUAAACAAAUGGGUUUAGAAUGGCUAAUAAUGGUAACGAAUUUGUUUUUCUACGUAAAAGAGGAAUUUCUAAACAACCAGUUCCAGACUCUUCACCACAAACCAAUCCGUUAUUCUUUGACGAAGGUAACGAUAUAGUAAAUUGCUUAAAAAGCAUGGUGUAUAAUACGUGCAAUGAAGAAGGAAUAUGUGAGAAACCUCAACGCGAACGGAUUUGUUUGUAUCCGGAAUGGAAAAGUAACCUUCCAAAUUCACCUAAACAAGGAACCUCAAGCCAAUGGCCGACCUCAACCAAACCAACUACUUUAGACGAUAACAAACGAAGCAAGGAUGAAUUAAACGAUUUCAUAAUUCCUUCACUUAACUAUUUGACUCAAUUAUUCAAUAAAAUAAUAGCUCAAUACAGAAGCUAUUGGGAAAUGGAGAAAGAAAUGUCCACACAUUCAAUACGAAGAGGCCAAGGAGAUGUAACAUCGAAAGAGCAAGAAAAAAUAAAACUGGACCCGGUAAAAACAGAAAAUAUGUUUGUAGAAGAUUUACAAAGAAAUUUUAUGCGUCUCAUAGAAUCUAUUCGAAGUCUUGCUUUAACCAAUCGAUUUAAUUAUCGUGAAAUUAUUGAUCAACUAGAAUCAAUCUUACUGAACCACAGAAUAAGAGGGAAAACGCUAAUAGAAAUAUACUCGGCCUACAACAAUUUUAGAAGGGAAUCAGGUUUAGACACUUCGUAUGAAGAAAAAGAAACGUACUCAAAAUUUCUAGAAGAUUUUUUAAGCAUGGGAAGUCUUAACAAUCUUAACAUGAAUAUCGAGGAACGAUCAGCUGAAGAGGAAAAUUCAACUUUUGCUUUUAGAAGUAAUGAACCACCUGAUCAUCUUUAUUUACGAGAACUCAUGUCAUUCCCUCCAAGAAAACCUUCAGGAUUUAAAAACAAUUACGAAGCAGAAUCGAAAACAAUGGCAAAUGCAUAUCAUCUUAUUCCUUCCAUAAUGGCAAUAUGUGAAAGUGAUGAUGAAGAGAUAGAAGCAAAUAUGUCUGAAGAAUCAGGAAUAUGUAAUAAUCAACGACAUCAAGAAUUUCUUUCGAACAUCAAUAAAAUUUGUUAUAAACCACAAAUUCACCCGGAAAACAAACCAAAUGUAGUUCAAAUGGAAAUGAGCAGGCCGCAUUUCCCUUCCGAAAACAUAACCAGUCAAUGGUCUUCACACAUCCAAAAUCUCCAAAUAUUGCAUGACACCCGACUAAUAUUAAACGGAGACAUUAAUACAGUCAAUCGUGAGUCCAGAAAGUCUUUUAUUUUGGAUAUGGGAGGAAAUUUUGGUUCAGUUGAAAUGGCCCUGAGUGCAACGGGACAAGCUUUGGCAUUAAAACGCAUCCCUAAAGACUACCCUUUAAGCAACGUCCUUAAAAAUAUCCUGAAUCCACUUUUGGGACUGAGACAUAACAACGUUCUUCAUUACUACGCAUGCGAUUAUGAAGAAAACGAAUUAAUUUUGGCAACGCCUCUGUGUGAAUAUAAUUUAGGGCAAUAUCUAAUGUUCAUGAAAAUGGCACCUGAUAUCCACCUUCCUCCUAUUGCCAUAAUUAGACAAAUAUUGAUUGGAUUAAAGUUUCUGCACGACAGAAUGGAACCAAUUAUCCACGGAAAUUUAAAACCAUCCAAUACUUUUAUCGACUUAAAUGGAAGUGUGCGAAUUGCUGAAUUUGGAAUGCACAAAGCGCUAUUUAAACUAAUUGAGCCCCCUAACACAUCUACGAUUUGGUUUUCUCCAGAAACUUUACGAGCUUAUAAAAAAAGCAUUAAUUUAGAAUGCACUUGUGCGUCUGAUAUUCAAGUGGCAGGUAUGUUGAUUCAUUUUAUAAUUACUGCCGGCAAACACCCCUAUGGAGAGGAAAUGGAAGAAAUAUUGGAUAAUUUAGAAAAAUCAGUCACUAAGGUUACACCAGGUGAUGUAGACCUACACGAUUUAAUUUCCUGGAUGCUGUUACAUGAACCUAAUGAUAGACCAAAUAUACAUCAAAUUUUGUCACAUAUAACAUUUUGGUCGGUCGAACGAAAAUGGAGAUUCAUGCUUGCUUGCGCAGGAGUAGAUCAGCAUGGAAAACCGUUAAAUAUACCGCUACAGCAAUUGCACGAUCACAUAGAUUUUGUUUCGAGAAGGGAUAAAAUAAGAGCGAGUUGGGUUUCGAUAAUCAAAACAAAGUUUCCAAAACUUAAUUUGAUUAGCGGUGACGAUGACUCCGCUUCUGGAUUAUUAAAAUUGAUCGGUAAUACAUUUAGAAAAUUGAUAAUAAAAAAUCUAUAA